UAAAUUCGAGAUAGUGUCAAUAGUGCACGAGUAUUGUCGUUACUGUCGUAACGUUACGGUUGAAAUCGAGCAUAACAAUAACAGCAACAUUAUUAAUAUGAAUUCUGCGAGCAAAGUGGGUGAGAUCUUUGCUGCAGCUGGAGUGGCUUUCAACAAGUUAGGUGAGCUUACAAUGCAGCUGCAUCCUACAUCAGAUUCCCUAGCAGGUAAAUGGGCUGACGAGGAUAUUGAGAUGCUCCGUCAGUCAGUCAGAGUCUUCAGCGAAGAACUGAGCAGAAUAAGCGAGCACAUCAAGAGUCGGACGGUCUCUCAAAUUCGAACUACCUUAAAGAAAAAGACGUUUGAGGAAGCAGGCAUGACGGUCAGGCAGCAACAAAUUCUACCUCAGCAAGGUCAACAAUCGACGUUAGUUCAGCAACAGCAAGUCACGAAACAGCAAUCGACGUCAGGAAACCAGAGUCUGAUGGGGAAGUCGGCGGAAGUUACGCUGAACAUGUUAAACGCACCUGAAACGGAGGUGGACGUUGAGGGACUUCCCGAGGAGUGUCAAGUAAAACUUGAAUUUGAAGAAGGCGCUACCGAAGAAGUCACUGGUUAAACUAGUUUACUCCUUUUAAAUUAAGUGAAAUAAAUGAAAAGCUGGUGAUACCAUUUUCAUUUUUUAUCAUGUAAUUGUUCAUCAAACAUUCGAAUUUUAACUAGUUUUAAGUAUCAGUCUCACGUAAACUCAUAAGUUACCUUUGUACAAUAAAUUUAUGAAAAUUUAA